CCAGGCCCCGAGCUGAGGACGGAGAGCCCGGAGGACAAAUCUCCCCAGCAGACCCUGGUGGGAGAGGCCGUUUUGAAGGGCUCCACGGCGCAGGAAGGCAGCAGGGAGGAAAAGGCCCAGAGAUCCCCCCGCAGGAGGGGCUCCAAAGCCAGCCCAGGGUACUCUGAGGAGGAAAGAGGCAGCCUGUGCUGGGAAGGCGGCCAGACCUUGAGGCAGAACUCUGACCUGGUGGUACCUGAGCAGCCUCCCAGCAGAGAGAAGCCCUUCAGGUGCUUGGAAUGUGGGAAGAGCUUCAGGACUAGCACAGACCUGCUCCGACACCAGCACAUCCACACUGGGGAACGUCCCUACAGGUGUGGGGAAUGUGGGAAGAGCUUCAGCCGGAGCUCCACCCUGAUCCAGCACCGUCGCAUCCACACUGGGGAACGUCCCUACACGUGUGGGGAAUGUGGGAAGAGCUUCAGGCAUAGCUCCACCCUCCUCAACCAUCGUCGUAUCCACACUGGAGAACAGCCCUACACAUGUGGGGAAUGUGGGAAGAGUUUCAGUGAUAGUGGCAACUUCCGGACCCAUCAGCGCAUCCACACCAGGGAGCGAGCCUACAAGUGUUUGGAAUGUGGGAAGAGGUUUCAGACCAGCUCAGAUCUCCUGAAGCACCAGCGGACACACACAGAUGAGAGGCCCUUCCACUGCACUGACUGCGGGAAGGGCUUCAAGGAGAACUCCACCCUCAUCACCCACCAGCGCAUCCACACCGGGGAGAGGCCCUACAAGUGCGGAGAGUGUGGGAAGAGGUUUCAGUCCAGCUCCAAUCUCCUCAUGCACCAGCGGACACACACGGAUGAGAGGCCCUUCCGCUGCACCGACUGUGGGAAGGGUUUCAAGCAGAACGCCAACCUCAUCAGACACCGCCUCAUCCACACCGGGGAGAGGCCCUACACGUGUGGGGAGUGUGGGAAGAGCUUCACCUGGAGCUCUGCCUUGACCAAACACCAACGGACCCACCGGUAAGGGAAGCCCUCGAGUGCCUCAACUGCGGGAAAAGCUUUGGCCGCUGCUUCCACCCUGAAUGAAGCCCCUGAUGCUGAGGCAACCCCUGGAGUCCAGUGACUGU